GGGGUGAUAGAGCCCACCUGCGUCCAGUCCUGAGUUGACUGUUUAUGUCAGUCUUUACCUCGACCAGUCUUGUAAUAAAACUUGUAAAAUGUCAGGUGAUAUUAGCUUAACCUGCACCACACUGGCCAAGAUGAUGCUCCAUGCAGCCCGCUACCCACAGUCAGCAGUGAGUGGUGUAGUGUUGGCCCAAGCAAGAGGUGGAGACACUACCUCAAACACUGUGGCCUUGGUUGAUACAGUGCCACUCUUCCACCUUCAGCUUAGCUUGGCACCCAUGCUAGAAGUGGCACUUACUCAGAUUGAACAGCGUUACAAGUCGGAGGGAUUGGUAAUAGCGGGUUACUAUCAGGCAAAUGAGCAUAUCAAAGACAAUGUGCCAGAUUUUGUUGCCUUGAAAAUAGCAGAAAAAAUUGCAGAAAAUAAUAAUGAUGCCUGUCUGAUAAUGAUUGACAAUAAAAAAUUGUGUUUGAAUCUUCAAUCAGCUCCAGUUAUUGUAUCCCAGCUGACUUCUGAAGGAAAGUGGAAAAGUAAAGAGAAGGCAAGUGUACACGUAGAAGCAGGGUCUCUCGAUGUUAUAUCACAACUACUGCAGCAUAAAGUUCAACACGAUUUAAUUGAUUUUGAUAACCAUCUUGAUGACCUCACCUGUGACUGGUCCAACCCUCACAUUGACAAGCUAUUGACAACUCUUACAGCUGCGGCCCAAGACUAGCACACCCAUGGUAAUUGGUUUGAACCUCCAACUUCACAUUCUGUCACUGUGUGGAACAUAAGUACUAAUAUUUAUCAUAUUACUGUAUUUUCCCUAUAGCAAGUACCUCCUUACAAACUGUAGAAAUUUGCAGUACAAAUCUGACAUUUUCAAUCAAAUUGUUUUAUGAAGAAAUGUGCAUAUAUCUGUAUGUAUAUUUAAUCUACUAGGUUCUUGUGGAAAACUGUUACUCAGAUUAGUAAUCGGAAAAUUUCACACUAAUAGAUCUCUGUAUUUAUGUACUGUAUGCAUGCAUGCGGUAGCGUAUUAGAUUAAAUUUUAAUGCAGUUACUAACAGCAUUAAUGUUAGCUCUUGCUAAGGAGUUAUUUUAUUUUAUUUGAAAUAAUAAAAGUACCCAGCACAGUUGUUUGAAGAAUCCAUUCAGUUAGGAUUAUGAACAUUUUGUAGCAUUUUCUCAUGGUUGUAGUUUAUAUUUAGCAUCACACUGGUCUAUUAAAUCUUAGUUUGCAGUUAUAAAAAAAUGGAUUAUAUGUACUGUGCUUCACCUGAGGGCUUAACACUUUUUUUGUGAAUGUAAUAGUUAUUACCUGACCUCACUUUCAUUAUCAGUGCACUAACAUGCUCACUCUACCCUCCUCUCUCAAGUUCCACCUUCAUUGUAGAUACACUUGAUUUUUUUUAAUUGAACCUAACCUAUUGCACCAACUAUGACUUGCAUUUUGAGCUUGUACUGACCCUCCAUUCUUCAAAACCCUACUGGAUGCAUCUUUCCCUGCCAACACAUAUACACAAAACAGUUUAAGCAAAGAAAGAGAUAUGUAAUAUUAGGAAGCAACAAACACUUGUUCUUGUCUCAUUUAUUUGUAAAUCAGAAUAACAUACCUGGAAAAGAAUGCAUUGUAGUUCAGUUUCUUUGAGAUCAGUAUUAAAAGCAUUCUUAGUUUAAAGUGAUCCAUUAUUGAUACUAAACUUUUAUACAACACAGUUUACCCAAAAUUUUAAGUCAUACUCUAGGCAAAAAAAAAAAAAAAAAAAAAAUAGUAAAUUACCCUGUUUUUAUUUCAUGUAUUCGAAUUUAGGACUACAUAAAUCAAUAUAAAUAUGCACAAGGAUGUCUAGAUAAGAUAAUGCAGGCUUCUACACCUUUAAAUACAAAAAUAUAUCUAAAAUCAGUUCCUUCAAGGAAGAAAGGAUGGGAGUGCCUUGAGGCUAAUGAAAGGCUCUUGAUCCAAGGAAUUGAAGUAAACCUUCCCUUGAAUCAUACAUGCUUUAUGACCCCACACUAGUUUGGUGCUUAUUUUUAAUGUAAUUGUUAUUCCCAUGGGCAAGUACUAAACCUGUAGGGGCCAUAUAGUGUUUUUAAUGUAUAAUUAUUUUGGAUUAAACCUGGUUACAGUGUCCUCCAGGGGCUAUAUGGUCUUUACAGAUAUAGCCUUUUCUCAUGGAUAUCCCUUCAAAGGAGAAGGACGCCAGGUAUCUCAUGCUGCUGGUGAAGGGCUCCUGAUUUAGGUUAUUAGAGCCAGCCUCUGCUUCUUCAGAUCAAACCUGAUUACUUCACAUUCCCCAGGUGCUGUAUGAUUAUUAGCAUUAUCAUUUCUCCAUUAUAAUAUUUUUUUGAAGUACAAGCCCAUGAAACAUUAUGGAGGGUGACUCAAAAUAAAGACCUAUUAGUGAUAAUGGAUCCAAGGUGUUAGUCAUCCUCGGACGGAAUCUGAAUGUAUAUCUCAGUCUCAGGGUGCUGCAUGACCCUUAUGUAUUUAAAGACCUGGGGAAGUGUUAAACUCAUAGGGGUCAAACAGUUACAGGGAAAUAGGAAACAAUUGAGUUUUUUCCAGAGAGGAGAGGACAAGAGAAAUCUAUUUCCUUGGAUCAAGUGCCCAUCAUUUGAUGCUAGCAUCAAAUUAUUUUGAGGGGAUAAAUUUUUUCUAUACAUCAUUUUUAGGCAUUUAAUAGUUUUUUCAGUUGGGGAUAUGGCUUUCUUAAUACUGAUGAAGGGCUCUUGAUCCAAGGACUUAGAAAGCAUUACUUUGGAUAAAAUACGAUUUCCCAGGUAGUUUGACUCCCACAUAUUUAACACUUCAUGAUACUGUAAUUACCAGUUCGUUCAAAUGUAAAUCUUACUCUUACUAUAAGCAGUGUUAGUUUAACAUGUUUAUUAUGCACCCCAUACCCAUCCUGUGGGCAGUAGUCAAAAGAUUACAGAGGUACAUAAUGGGUCCAGGGACUGGGCCCCCAAAGUUUUGAUAGCUGAACUAGGUACAAAGGUAAUGAACUCACAAGUUACAAAAAUAAUGAAUCCUGUAAGUAAAUUUACUUACGUUUAUAUAUGGCUACAAUCAUGAACAAAUUAUAAUGAGCAAUUCACACGUCCACACCCGGUCACAACUGUAAAGAGUUAUUGGUGCAAAUAUUAAUUGUUGGGUGCGUGUGUGUCUCUCUCUCACGAAUGAGGCGAGUGCUCCAUAUCUUUUAAUGCAUAGAAGAGAACCUAUAACCUAUUCUCAAUUUUUCAUUUAGAGUACAGAGUACAGGCAGGAUGACCCAAAAAAGAAAAACACUCACCAUUCACACAUCACUCUUUGCAGAGGGACUCAGAUAUGACAAUUCAGAUAUCACUCCAAACAGCAAAUAUCCUAAAUCCCUCCUUGAAAGUGCAGGCAUUGUACUUCCCACCUCUAGGACUCUAGUCCAGCUAAUUGGUUUUCUUGAAUCCCUCGCAAAGUAUUACCCUGCUCACACUCCAACAGCUCGUCAAGUUCCAAAAACCAUUAGUAUCCAUUCAUUCCUAACUAACAUGCUCUCACAUGCUGUAUUAUUACUAUUAAAUUUAUGGGGAAGUGUUGAACCCAUAGAAGUCAUACAGAGCCUGGGGAAUGGAAGGCAAUCAAUCAAGUUUAAGAUGAGGGAGUGCAACUUUGAUCUGCUUUGGGUUACUUCAUCCUGCUAACUAAAUUUAAUAUUUCAAGGUAUUGGUCUAGUCUAGAGAUUCACUUUGUGUUCCUGAUGCCCUGUUCCUCCCAGGAACUCUUCUGAAUUUCAUGCCCAUCCUUUCCAGGGUGAUGACCCCAUAAAUGUCUGAGGUGCCUCACUCCUAAAUGACUUGCAUGUUAACUCACAUGUUAAGCUUUUUUGUGAUUGUCUGUACACUUGUUCUGCUCUCCCUUAUAUGACCUUUCUGUAUAUACCUUUCCUUUUCCAUUCCACAAUUUGAUGCCUUGUAGCUCAGUGGUGGCUCUUUUGACUUGCAGCUGUGAAAGACCUGGGUUCAAUCCUAGAUGAUUCUUAUACACUGCCUAUAUUUGCAUAACAUUUAAUAGGUACCUAGGUGUUAAUUGAAUGUUGCGGAUCACAUCCUUAGGAAACAGAACCAAAGGACUAGAUGGAAAUUAGCUAUAUUGCUUGACUUUCUUAGGUUACUUUAGGUUAAUUGUGACUUCUUCUUCCAGUCACACUGAUUACAUAUACUUAAUUUUUUCUUCUUGCAAUCAGACCAUUCAUAAUCUUUGUGCUCAAAGCCUUCUGUUCUUCUCUUAACCCACUCUGUUGUCCCAAACACUUAAUAUUUUUGUCACUAUCUUCACUAAGUAACUCUAACUUACUCAUUCCCUUUAUACUAAUACCCUGUGUAUUUCUUCAAUAUGAUAAUUAAUCUUGGUGCCUGAAUGUUAUAUUUAUCAUCAUUCCAUGUCCACAUUUUUCUGUCACAGUUAGUCAGGGCGAGUAGAAUAAACUUUUUUCCUAUA